CAGAUUUGAGAUGAGGGAAAGGGCCAUGCCCUGUACUCUCCCCUCCCUCCAUCAUUCACUAUGCACUUCCCUCCCCUCCACGUGUCCGACUGGUGCAGGUGCUGCCCUUGUUCCCUCUCUGCUUCUGGUGAGCUGAUUAGCAUGGUAACUGCUGCAGAGGAUCCUGCCUGGAACGGGGGCUGGCACCCACAGUCAUGGAGGAUGAUCCGGCUUCUCCUGCCAGCAAGGCCCCAUCUCCGCUGAGCUGUAUCCGGAUGGUCCAGGCGGGCUGGUCGGAGAAGGAGGAUGGGGCCUGGGAGCAGAGCGGAAGUGUGCAGGAUCCAGCGAUGGUGGGGAGCUCUCCAGGGCGACCCAGGAGUUCUCCCCUUUGCCCACCCAGCCGGUGCCAAGGGAGGCAUAGCCCUGCCACCCCUCAGGACACUGAUGUGACAGACCAGAACCAGAACGGGGGAGAAGAGGAGGUGGUGUCCCCUCUAUGCCGGGAGCUCCUCCAGUCCCCGGUUCCAGGGGAGCCACAGCCCCGCAGGCCGUUCCGGCGGAAGCACCGGCUGUACAUGAAGCUGUCCCCUGGCCAGGUCACUGUGUCCCCAAGCCAGGACAGGGGGCAGCCAGCCACUUCCCAGGAGCCAGGGCCCUCCCAGGGCAAAAGGCUGCGGCUGCUGCGAGGCCAAGCCAGCAACUUCCGGAGAAAGAAAAGACCCUUGGAGAAUGGCCAUGAGGCGAGGCCUGGCGACAUGCGGCCAUCCCUUCCACUCCGCCAGUGCAGUGGGGAGGAGGGGCAGGACCCGGCACCAGAGGGGGAGGAGGAGGAGCAGGGCUUGGCAUUGAAGAGGGAGGAGGAGGUGGGGCAGGGCCUGGCAUUGAAGCGGGAGGAGGAGGAGGGGCAGGGCCUAGCACAGGAAUGGGGGGAGGAGGAAGAGAGGUUCGGCUCCCCCAGGCUGGCUGGGCCCGGCACUGCCCGCCCCAAGCCAGACUUUGUGCAGCUGAUCGAUGAGCACGGGAUCUACUCUACAGCCAAGCUGGUGCUGGGCAGCACGGCGGGCGAGCUGGAUGAGGGGGUGGUGCUGCCACCGCACCUGAGGCGGGCAGGCUCCCAGCUGGAGAUCCGGGAAGUGAUCGUGGACGACAAGCCCUUCGCGUGCAGCGUGUGCGAGAAGACCUUCAAGCGGGCCUGGGAGCUGUUCAGCCACGAGGUGGUGCACAACGAGGAGCGGCCCUUCCACUGCGACCUCUGCGAGGCCUCCUUCAAGCGCCACUCGGACUUCAAGAGCCACCGGCUGGUGCACACCGAGGAGCGGCCCUUCCACUGCGAGAUGUGCGGCAAGAAGUUCAAACGCUCGUCCAACCUCCAGGAGCACCGGCGCAUUCACACCGGCGAGCGCCCCUACCAGUGCGCCUGCUGUGACAAGAGCUUCAAGACGCCCUACGAGCUGCAGCGUCACAUGCUCACCCACUGCACCGAGAAGCCCUUCAAAUGCGGCGACUGCGGGAAGGACUUCCCCACCUCCAACUCACUGCUGCUGCAUCAGCGCCAGCACUGCGACGACAAGCCCCACGUCUGCGGCGUCUGUGGCAAGAAGUUCACCUACGGCCACAGCCUCAAGGUGCACGAGCGGGUUCACACUGGUGACCGGCCCUUCGUCUGCCCCAUCUGCGGCAAGGGCUUCAAGCAGUCCAACGCCCUCUCCUCGCACGAGCGGGUGCACACCGGCGAGCGCCCCUUCGUCUGCAAGACCUGCGGCAAGGCCUUCAAGCAGUCGUCCUACCUGGUGAUCCACGAGCGCUCGCACACGGGCGAGCGGCCCUACAAGUGCGAGGUGUGCCAGAAGGCCUUCGCCCGGCCCUCGCUGCUGCUGCAGCACCACCGGGUACACAGUGAGGAGCGCCCCUACAAGUGCAGCUUCUGCGACAAGUUCUUCAAGGACCUGGCUUACCUGACGGUACACGAGAAGGUGCAUACGGGCGAGACCCCCUACAAAUGCAGUGUCUGCGACAAGGGCUUCGCCCAUCCCUCCAACCUGCUGCAGCACCAGCGUGUGCACCGCGACGGCUGACCCAGUUCCUGCUCCAGCAUGCCCCACCGGGGAGUGCGGCCCAGGCUGCAUGCAGCUCCCAGUGGGUGCCACUCUGGCUGGGCCUUCAUGGGAGACAGCUGCCAGCGGGCACUGAGCCGGCCAGGGGGCCCAUGGAGGCUACAUCUCCCAACAUGCACUGCAGUCCCUCGUGCAUCAGGGUGAAGCAGUACAUGCUGGGAUUUGCCUGUGCCUGUCAUGGGGGCUGGGCUGCGGAGAGAGAAAUCAGAUCCGGAGAGCAGGGAAACCCCCCUGGGCACUACUCAUCUGCUCAGCAGGGCAGUGCUAGAUCCAGCUGUGGGGAGCUCCCCCUCUCUGCAAGGAGCUGCAGUUUGGUGAAUGCUGAGCAGGGGGCUCCUCUGUGCUCCCCGGCUGGAAAGGGGUUUGUGAGCCCCACCUCUGUGCCAUCGCCCCAUGGCAGCCUCCUGACAGGGUCAUCACACAGGCUGGGCACAGCCAGCAUCCCUGUGACCCAGGGCUCCUCUUCUUGGAUAGCAUAGUCCCUGCCAUGGGGUCACAAGCUAGCAACUCCCCGUGUAGCUGGAAGGGGCUCUCUGGUCUCCUGGGUGAGCCCCAAAGGGGAUAGGAAAGCAGGUUCCUUUUCGGUCAGCGACAGGGCUCCCAGCUCCCUCCAGCUAGUGGAGCUUGUGCUCGCUCCCCCACUGCAAUGGGGGCUGGGGAGUCAAGCCAGAACCGAACCCACAGAGCGAGGGCUGGGCCGCAGCCCCUCCUCGCAUCUGGCACCCCCAGCCCGUGGGCACUGGGAUGUGCAUGUGACCGAGUCUCCCCCAUCGCUCCACAGACAGAAGGGGAGGUAACGGGAUCAGCUCAAACCUUUUUGCCCCCUCUUGGUGUCGCAAUAAGAAAACAACUUAUACUAGAUCCAGAUCGGGUUCUCUGAGCCUGCGCUGUGUGCGCACGUGCCAGAAUGGCCUACAAUGUGAAUUACAGCCCAGAGCCACUUCGCUGCUAGCUGGUGCCAGGCGCACCCCCAGGUGCUGUCUGCUGUGCUGGGCUGGAGGGCUCCGUUGGGGAUUGGAGAGUCAGUGCAGGGGAGUUCUCAGCUCUGAGUGGGGGUCAGGUCUGACACUUCUCCAUACUUAGGUUAAAUAGGUGUCUACAGAAAGUCUGGAUAAAACCCCCCCAACUGCCAGGAACAGUGGGACAGGCAGCCUGCGUUUCCCUAUCUCAGUAACAGUGGGAACCGGGGUGGGGGGUGCAGGGCAGCAGGGGCUCCUGUAAACAUCAUCCAGAAGCACCAGCACACAAAGCGAGGGGUGCACUCCAAUUUCCUGUUUGAGACACAAGAAGCUACGAAGGGGGGGAUUGAAUGAGGCCCCUGUUGCCGGGCUGGUUCCUGGCCCCUCUGCCCUGGGAAGGCAGGGGUUAAAGAUACCUGCUGUGCCAGACUGCAGAGAUGUGCAGCUGGUGGGAAGUUAGGGGGCCCUUCUAGCCGAACUGAGAACCUGGCACCUGGGUGACCCACGGGAGAGCUGAGAAGUGGCUGGUGCAGUGCCAUAUGUGCCCAGCAUUGCACUGCCUUUUGUUACGGAGUGCCUAGGCCGCCUGUGGACAGUACCUGGCCCUGGGGAGGGCUUUCCUGCGGUAGCACCAGUCCGUGGAAGUAUCACCCUGCUGGAGCUCCAGUAACAGGUGUUCCCAUCUGCGCUGAGUUACACCAGGCAUCGUGUCAGUCACCUUGGCCACUUCAAGUCCUGUCCUGGCAGGACCCAAUUUGCUAGUGAGGACGAGGUUCAGUUGCAGCCAUUGGGUGCUGCUGGCCCUUGAGUGUGGAUCCAGAGCCAGCAGGCCUGGCUGUGUGUGGAGUAGAUGGCAGGAGGUGUCCCCACUGCCGCCGUUGCUUUUGCAGGUGUGCUUGCUGCAAUCACACCUUCAUGUGCCGGUCUACCCACUGUGUGGGGUGCUCCCAGGAGCCAUGUGGGGCAUGAGGAUAAAUGCCUACUACUGCUGCAGCUAAGGGACUGCCUCCUUCAGUUCCAGCUGUAGAUGUCUGGGGUUGGUAGAGCAGGGCCUGGGUUCAAAUCCUGCUAGCGUUGAGGGAAUGUAGAUGGAGCUGUGGGGUCCGUGCCCUGUUCUCAGAGUUGAAAUAGAAAUAUGGAGAUAUACCUAUCUCAUAGAGCUGGAAGGGACCCCAAAGGGUCAUUGAGUCCAGCCCGUUGCCUUCACUAGCAGGGCUAAGUGCUGAUUUUGCCCCAGGUCCUUAAGUGGCCCCCUCAAGGAUUGAACUCACAACCCUGGGUUUAGCAGGCCAAUGCUGAAACCACUGAGCUUAGGAGAUGUGGAGCCAGUUCCUCAAAUGGCCAGUCCUCCUGCAGGGACAGCAUGGAUCGGGCCCCCUUUCCUGCACCCAUUUAACUUAUGCCUACAGGGUGCUGGGCGGGGAGUCCCCUGGUUAAUGCCCUAGUAGCCUUAUCCCAUCUGGGGCUGUAAGAGCUCCUGAUCCGUCUGCCUCUCCAGGCCUUCUGAGGAGACCCUCAGGGAACCCAACUCAGGCCCUUUCCUGACCUUAGCUCCCCCAAGGCACACAGUGUGCCCCCCUCCCCUGGCAUGCAGCUCCCCGUUAGAUCAGGGUCGAUGAGGAGGCAGGUGCCCUUUAUCUGCUCCCUUCCCCCUGCGCGCAGUACCCCUUUCUCUGCUCAGAUGGGGUGUGUUCCUGUAGUGAAGGCUGCUCAGAGGAACCACCAGUGGAGAAAGGGCAAGGAUGUGUGAGAUGGGACCAGCGGAGCCACGUGUGCAGUAGUGGAAGGAUUUACAGCCUCCCACCUCAGGGGAGCAGGGUGUUGGGUGAGCCAGCUUCUUCUGGGGAUGCUAAUUGCACCUCUCAGCCAGCAGUUCCUCCAUGGCUGUACUUUGGGGUUCAGUGGGGGGAAGGUUACUGCUAGCAUGGGAAGAGCCUCGGGGGGCAGUCCAGAACAGUCCCCUCCCUAAUUCAAAGGGCUGCUGCUGAGGUGAAGGUGCUCUGUCACGCAGCUCCUGCAUGGUGGGUGGGAGUCGUGCUGCUGGUGCUGUGCCUGUGAGGAGAUGACUCCUUGCUCUGCGCCCCCAGCAGCAGGGAACCUCGCUGCCCAUGAGUCGUGCCACGCAGCAGGGAGCUCAGCGGAGCAAACACAGUAUCAUGUUCAUUACAAUGGUGCCUAGGGAUCCGACAUGCUGUGCACUAUGGACUAAGAGGGAGGCUGGGUGUGCCCUGCCAGCCUGCUGCAAGAUACCCUGCGAGAGCCAGUUGCUGGAGUGAGGGGCAGCGAGCAGAGGCAGGUGCAGCGGUCUGAUGGGGUUCCCCAGCAAGGGGCACUGUCCCCAUGGGGCAGCUGAGGGGUGGAUGAAUGCUAGGAGGUACAGGUUGGUGAGCUGGACCCACCUCGAACCUGCUGCUGGGAGGAGUAACUUGCCCUGUUGCUGGCGAUGGGAUGUUCUGUUGCACACGCACCCCUCCAGCCUCUGUGGGGUGCAUAGGGGACGUGACCUGGCAGGGGAAGUGGCAGCACUUGG